AAUAUUUGUUCAAAAGCACCUCAACUUUAUGGUAUGUUUAAAUCAAAUUCUUUGCAGCAGAGACGAAGAAAAUAAAAAUUAUCAGCACAAAUCACGUUAGCAUCUGCAAAAUGUAGAAUUAGAACACACGGACCAAUUCCAAAACAAAGACCAAAAAAUAGUUCCCAAUAUUUUUCUUACCACGUUCUUCGCCAGCUGCUGCGCAUUUCUUCCGCCGGAAACCACCCAUUUUUCCUUCAAAAUGGAACACUUGAGAAGAACUAAAACAAGCCCCAAUAGUUUCUACUUCCUCCUUUUCUAGCAAUGAUGAAACUGCUUCAUUUUUUCUUACUAGUACUGAUUCUGGCACGAACCACCGCCGCCAGAAGCGGUGGCGCUGAUGCUAACGCACUUGCUUCCCUUUCACCUGAUGCAGUUUCUCUCCUUUCCUUCAAGUCCAAAGCUGACCUUGAUAAUAAGCUUCUCUACACCAUAAACGAACGGUUUGAUUACUGUACAUGGCAAGGUGUCAAAUGUGCUCAAGGUCGUGUAGUACGCUACAUUGUGCAGAGUUUUGGCCUCCGAGGCACCUUGCCCGCCGCCACCCUCACUCGUCUUGACCAGCUUCGAGUGCUGAGUCUCAAAAACAACUCGCUCGCAGGACCCCUCCCGGAUCUUUCCUCGUUAACCAACCUGAAAACUUUGUUUCUUGACAAUAACUAUUUUUCAGGAACAUUUCCUCUCUCCCUUUUGUCCCUCCACCUGCUAGUGAUUCUUGAUUUGUCUCAAAACAAUUUUACCGGUUUGCUGCCUGAAACCCUGACGGUUUUAGACCGCUUGAGCUAUCUCCGCCUCGAUUCCAACCGGUUUUAUGGGUCCAUUCCACCACUGAAUCAAACUAUGUUAGACGUCUUUAAUGUCUCGAGUAAUAACCUCACCGGUCCUAUACCAGUUACCCCAACUCUCAAAAAGUUCAAGAUAAUUUCAUUUUUAAACAAUCCUAGUCUCUGCGGCGAGAAUAUCAACAAGCCAUGUUCCGGUUCGCCGUUCUUUAAUGUUACAUCAGGUGGUGGCGCAGCCCCAGAUUCUUCCCCGCCGCCUUCACCGCUACUACAGAAUGCUCAAUCGCAGCAGGGAUUAACUGCCCUUUCGCCUUCAUCUCAAAGGAAUCAUCACAAAAAGGUUGGAGUAGUUUUAGGCUGUGUUGCUGGAGCUUUAAUUCUAACAGCAGCAGUUUUGUGCCUCUUUGCUCUAAUCAAAAAGCGAAAAGAAGAGAAAGAAGAAAUUGAAGCAAUAGCAAAAGAAGAAAAAUAUUUUGCUGAUGCAACUACAGAUAAUAAAGGUCAAAGAGACACAAAUUCAUUUUCACUUGAAGAUGAAAGUGCAAAUGCUGAAAGUGAAAUAAAGAAUAUGAAAAGUUCAGAGAAACCACAAGUAAUGAAAAGUGGGAGCUUAAUUUUUUGCUCUGGGGAAGAAGAAUCAUACAGUUUGGAACAAUUAAUGGGGGCUUCAGCCGAAUUGCUUGGGAGGGGUACGAUUGGGACGACGUAUAAAGCCGCAAUGGGGACUAAUUUGGUAGUCUCUGUAAAGAGAUUGGAUGCAUGUAAGACUGCCAUUACAAGUGCUGAAGCAUUUGAGCAGCAGAUGGAGGCCGUUGGCGUGUUGAGGCAUCCCAAUUUAAUUCCUAUUAGAGCUUAUUUUCAGGCUAAACAAGAAAGGUUGAUCAUUUUCGAUUAUCAGCCCAAUGGCAGCCUGUUCAAUCUUAUUCAUGGUUCAAGGUCAGAUCGUGCAAAGCCUCUUCAUUGGACAUCCUGUUUGAAGAUAGCAGAAGAUGUAGCCCAGGGCCUAGCCUACAUAAACCAAGCAUCCAAGUUUGUUCAUGGAAAUCUAAAAUCAACCAAUGUUUUGCUCGGAUCCGAUUUUGAGGCUUGCGUCACAGACUAUUGCCUCGCCAAUCUUGCAGAUAUUUCCUCAGACGAUGAUCCCGAUUCUGCAGGCUACAAGGCUCCUGAAAUUCGCGAAUCUUCACGUCAAGCCACCACCAAGUCUGAUGUAUAUGCUUUUGGCAUCCUCUUACUAGAACUGUUGACCGGAAAACCACCGGCCCAGCAUCCAUUCCUUGCCCCUUCUGAUAUGCCAGAUUGGGUUAGAGCAAUGAGGGAAGAUGAUACUGAAGAGGAUGCUCGACUCAGAAUGCUAGUCGAGGUGGCUAGCAUCUGUAGCUUGACUUUGCCUGAGCAAAGGCCAACAAUGUGGCAAGUGUUGAAGAUGAUUACAAAUAUAAAGGAGAUAAUGGAUGAUACCACACGGGAUUCAUAGAAAUGAUACUUCUGAAUCAAAUUUUGAAACCUGCCAAUAAAUUAUCUCAUGUAAAUUUUUGCAGAACUGAGCUUAGUGAUCAAUUAUGUGCUCCAGGCUUGUGAUUACGAGUAAAUCCAAUCACAACGUGCCAUUGCUGCAAUUUUUGGUACGAGGUAAAUUAUGCCAAAGUUUGGGAAAUGUACUAGGCCUGUCCUCCAAAUUGAACUGAUUUGUGUUCCUGUUAACCAUGGAUCAUUGUUGCUAGA